AUGAAGUACAAUCAUUUUUCAGUGAACGUACUCCGCAUACCCAAAGGAUCGCAGUUAGAAUAUCGUGAAACUUCAUGUAAGGUAUUUUUAAAUGACCGGAAGCGUCUUGCGAGCGAACAUCGAGGCCAUGUGUUGCAAAAUUUGAAAACAAAUCUAAAAUCUUUGCGUUUGUUUGUGAUUUGGAGCACGCGAUUUUGUCUUUUGUCAGACAUGAAGCGAAAAUCGAAGGAAAAAAGUGAUUCAAAUACAGUCACUAAGGUAUCGUAUCAGUUUAAACAUUUUUUUGGUCGUUGAUGCAGUGAAUAUCAGAGUAUGAUGUUUUAGUUGUGUCCACACUGGGAAUCGAACCCGCUACAUUUGGUUUGUUUAAUAUAGUCCAAUGCUUUAUACGUCUCUACCAACGAAGCUACGAGUUCACGUCGGUUCGAGUAUGUGGUUUUUCGGAACUCAGUCUAAUUUCUUUGAUAAUAAAUCAGUAGAUGUAUCAUAAUCAUGAAUGUGAUGAUUUUGGUGAUGUACUCACGUGAUAUUACUUGAGGUGAUAUUUCAUGAUAACCGCAAACAUCACACUCAUUGAUCACAAGAAGUAUACUGUUAUCGAAAGAACUGGACUUGGUUCCAAAAUACAGCCUACUCAAACCGACUUGAGCUUCUAGCUCCGUUGGUUGAGCAUUGGACUGGCAAACCAAAGGUUGCAGGUUCGAUUCCAACCUUGGUCAAGCAAACUUUUCGGCUUGCCCAGUGUGGACACCAACUCAAUAAUUUCACCUGAGUACAUGCACCACAAAUAUGAAUUUGUAUAAAUUUCUUACUUUUAAUUAAUAAACUAAAGUAUUACCUAAUUGAGCACCAGCGCGGAGCCUUGACAAGUAAACUUGUCUGGCAUUAGACAAUGGAGAGUAAAAUUGUCUGGUGUUAGAAUAACAUUAUCUGGCAUUAGACAGAGUAAAAUAAUAAAGUAAUGGCACAUUGAUGUGUGAUGCAACUUAAUGGGUUAAUCACAUCUGUCGGCUGAUUCAAAUUGUGGUAAUAGCAAUUAGCAAGUCAACCCAGCACUCUCCCGCUGACGAGUAAAAUAAUCUGGCGUAUACUUAUAGACAGAGUAAAAUAACAAAGUAGGGCGCAUCUGCCACUUAAAGGGUUAAUGAGAGUUUUGGCUCUUUUGAUUAGGGUUAUGGUAAUAUCGAUGCAAACUCUCAUGCAAAUUCUUGCUUACCAAUUCUUAUCAAUUCUCAUUUUACAAACCAGGACUAAUUACACCGUAUAUUUCUUGUUGUUUCUCAGGCAGCAAAACAGGAUGACUCCAAGCCUGCAUUUCAUUAUUCGGACAACAAAGAGAGCUUGUAUCGGCCUCCUACAUCAGAGGAACUUAAUUCAUUGAAAGAGACAGAAAGUUUAUUUCACUCAAGCUUGCUUCAUAUGCAAAUUAAUGAACUGCUCGCUGAAGUUUGCCUUCGAAAGAGAAAGAAAAAACUAGAAGAGACGCUGCAUUCGCUUAAUGAAUUAUUAAUGUCUUUGCCUGAUGGAGACCAACAAGAUGUAAGUACACUAUACAUUUAUUUAAUUACUAUGGAACUGCUAGACAUUUUAAAUUAAGUCCAUGUUCAUAGGUAUGCAUCAUCACUGCUGGAUGGUGUAACACCCCCAAUUUUUAAGGUGCAAAAAUUUGGUCAAAAUUGAAAAUAUUUUGGUGGAAUAGUUGAUCACUUGUUGGUUUUUCAAAUUGCAGGUUUACAUUGUCAACUAACUACACAGUAGUACUCAAAAGCACAAAGAAAAAGAGUUAUUGACCUUUGAAAAGUGACAGACCUUUGAAAAGCCAAAAGGCCCAAAACCUUGGUUAAAAUAUCAGGACAACCUCCCCCACCCCAAUGUUAGUGACUAAGUGACUUUGCGACAUUCCUGUAUAUAUGUCAAAUACUUUUUGUUUUACGAGUCAUUUCUAUUUUUAGAUAAGUGACCUCAGCUGGCUUCCGAGUAAUGUGCGUAUCCCUCUUCCCACCAUGCCUGGUCCGGUGAAAGGAAAGUUUACUUUUGAAAAACCAGAAUCAGUAAAUGUAAUUGGUAGCUAUCAACUUGGAACGUUAUGCAAGCAAGAAAUAAAUGUUGACAUAGCGGUCCAGUUACCCAAGGUAAUCUUAUUAAAAACGGGGUCAUGAAACCACUCGUUGCGGGCAUCGAUAUUUCGGACAGUUUUCUAUGUCCCAACAAAAUUCUCAUAAUAUAUUCUUUAAAAAUUUGAGCCCAUUGAGCAUCAGUGCUCUCUCCUUGACGAGUAAAAUAGUCUGGCAUUCAAACAUAGUAAGAUAAUAAAGCAGGGUGCAUUAUGGUGCUAAUUAUGUAAUUACUUAUUGGGUUAACAAGGUUCCCAAUAGCCUAGACAAUUGCCUCUUAUUUCUCGAAAUAGUUUGAUAGGCACUCUCUAAAUAAUAUAAGAAAAUAAAUUGUGUUUUCCGAAUUUUCUACUGCGAUGCCACAACUAUGAUAUUCGCAUAUCAUACAUGUCAAACAAAAUUUGUUUAAAAUGUUCUGUGCAAGAUCAAAUUUCAUGUUUUAUUGUGUUUAAUAUUUGUUAGGGUUUGAUUCACAGCAAAGAUUAUUUAAAUCUUCGUUAUCACUACAAGAGAGGUAUAUACCUUGCGAUUCUUGCUUCGUUUAUCAAGAAGAGCAAGCUGUUUAAGAAUGUUGCGUUUUCCUGUCACAAUGGCGAGUUAUGGAAACCAAUUCUUCUUCUAAAACCCAAAGGUACUUGCCAGUUGGCAAUAGAAGUGUAUGCAACGUGAAAUUUAAGGGAAAUGAAAUGCAAGUUGUUCUUGGAAACUGGAAAGCUGUAAUAAUUUCAUUGAAUAAUCUUUGAUUAUUAACUAAGAUUAUAACAAAACUGACAUAUUUUUAAACUUUAUAACAUGUAAAUUCUUAUGUAAAAACUUGUAAUUCGCCUUUUGUUGCAAAGAGUUUCUUAGUCUUAGUUGAAUAAAGUACCUCCUCCAAAUCGGUGUGAUUUGAAAUAUUUUUCAUUUGCAGGACAAGUUGGUGAAAAGGUUACAAUCAAAGUUUUUAUAACAUUGGGAGAUGGUGCUUUUAAGUUGCCAAGGUUCUCGCCAAAAAUUAACAAUCUCCAAUAUACUUGGUUUUUCGGACAAGAGGAUACCGCAGUGUUAGAGACGUUAGGUUAGUCUUAAAUUUGGAGAGCAAUACCAGACCUGGAAAAAGUGUUCAUUGGAUCGUGAAUUUUCUUUUUUUAAAUGUUCCUCUAUAGUGUAUAUGAAUUAUGUAUUAAUUGUUAUUAAUUGUUAUGAACAUUAUAUAUGCAACAACAAAGUAAUACUGUACUUGACUGUAUUAAUGUUACAUGUCUCAAAGGACAGAUUAGGAAGUAUGAUAUAAUAAUUUCUGAAGAUUCUCAUAAAACGUACUAUGUAUGAAAAAUUGAAAAAAUAAUCUUCCUCAAUCUUCUUGCUGACGCAAAUUGUUCCUCGGGAUUCAGCGAUCUCCCUUUUUUGUAGGUCUGGUCAGAACUCGCAAUUGUGUUUUUUAUGUAGUGUAUAAAUUUACAUUCUUAUAGUUAACAGUGGCUGCAGAGCUAUUGAGAGCUUGUAUUUUAAAGCCAUGACUACAAGCAAUAUCGUAUUUGAAUAAUUACCGUAUCUUUGUAUAUUUAUGAUGUAGACCCUGUGUCGGCAACCUCGCACUACAACACAUCAAUUUUAACAGACAUGUUGAUGGAAAAACAUCUGCAUUUUCUCUAUGGCAAAAUAGCCCCACACCAGUCCCUUAUUGAUGCUAUUGUCUUGUGUAAAAUAUGGAUACAUCAACGACGCCUAGAUGAGGUAUAAUUAUAUAGGAUUUAUUGUAACAGGCAAACUGAGCAUGUAAAAUCAUAUCAUAAAUCAUAAAAUCACUUUCCCACCUAUUUUGUUCAGUCAGAUUCCAAAGAAUAAUGCCAAGAUAUGAAUUUAAAACCAGACGAGUUUUUUUGAAACUAUGAAUUUCACAUAUGGUGAUAUUUCUGAAAUAAAUAAAGUAUAGCAAUACCUGUAAACAUAGGCUGUGCCAAUAAAGUGAAUUUAAAUAAAAAUGUUGUUUUUAUAUUUUCACAUCUUGAAUUUCAUUGUUCUAUAUAUUUUUAUUAUUAUUUCUAUUUCAGGGCUUCCAAGGAUUUAGUGGAUUCCAUUGUGCUAUGGUCAUUGCCUAUUUGCUUCAAACACAUCAAAUUAGCCAACACAUGAGUUCGUAUCAAAUCAUUCGGAUCUUCUGGCAAUUUUUAGGUGCGUAUUAUAAUGAAGUUAUUAAUGGCCAUGAUUUUCGACUGUAUAAAAAUUAAUACUGUCGAUAUAUAGAAUCUUACCAUUUAUUAUAUUUGCAGCCACCAAAGAUUUAACCACAAGUGGCGUUUCAUUGGUUGACGGAAAUGCAUCUGUUGACGACAGAAUGGUUAGAAUUUAUUGAUUACAAUUCUGCAGAUUGUCAUUUAUUUGGUGUAAUGUUACCUUAGUCGCAUGUCUAUGUGUUUCUGCACUUUGUUUUCACAGCCUUCUAUCACAGAAUUUCACGAUCAUUUUGAAGUGGUAUUCCUUGAUUCUUCUGGUGUGCUGAAUUUGCUUGCUAACAUGACAGAGACAGCAUUUCGACAAGUAAGUUAGAAAUAAAUUAGAUAAUGCAUGGUCCUUAUAGUAAAGUGAAUGCUUUAGAAAAUGUUCAUGAAAAGUUAACAACAUAGUAUGGACUACAUGGUGUCUACACGCCACGCAAUUAACGGUUUUCUAAUGCUGCUUUUUCCAUCAUGGUUACAUUGUAUAUAAUAUUCUGAUGAAACAUAUAAUUAUACUGUCUGCCUAUUUCGUUAUGUACAUAAUCAUUGAAUAUUUUUGAUUUUUACAGUUUCAAAGUGAAUCAAGGCGAGCUUUGGAUAUUCUUCAACACGAAUUUGUUGAUAGUUUCGACGUUCUAUUUAUGAAAAGCAUAUCACUGGUCACAAGAUAUGAUAACUUCUUUCUGUAAGUGAACAAAUAAGUGGUAUACGCGCUUUCUACCACAAAAAGAUCAGUAUCUGGCAUGAAUAAAAUUUUCCCCUGUUUUCGUUUGUCCGUUGUAUUUUAAAAUGUACAUACUGAUAUAUUUUAUGUUGUACCUGACCUGUACUAUACUGUAUACACUAUAAACAUUUGAUGUAAACUUUAUUUAGUAAAUGUAAAUACUGUAUAAAAUGGUUUCACUGCAUUAAAUAAACUUAUUAUUUUACGUAGUCUCGAAGACGUGGCUGUUUUGAAGAAUGUGGUUAAAGACAAACAACUAAAUUCUAAAUUACUCAAUUUUUCUGGCGAUUGGUUAAGGGUUGGUUUGACAUGGCUUGAAAAACUUCUUUCGAAAGCUCUUGACAAACGAAUUGACAUGCUUUCCAUUUGGCCUAUAACCUUUCCCGAGGUACAGUAAAAGAAUAUGUUUUAUUGAAUAUAAAAAGUAAUUAGUUGAUAUACUGUAUGCCUAGAUUACAAUGCUUUUAUAAGUUAUAUUAUUUAAGCAAUGCUUUUAUAUAAGUUUCUUUUAGAUGACCCAAACAAGGCUUUUUAUAUGUGUAAUAUUUGGUCAUUCCAAGAAGAAAUGUGAUGCAUGUCUUUAUAGCAAAAAACCUAUUCUUGCAUGAUAAAGUUUUUCGCUAUAGCAGUUUCCGGAUAUGAUGUCGUCAUGAAUUUUUGGAUUUGGUGUCAUAUGAAUUUUUGGAGCAAAAAACAAAAGCAUAUGUGCAAAAGAUAUCAAUAUGCACAUUUCAUUUGGCACAAUUCUUAAUACAAAUUGCCAUCAACCAUGUAUGUUUGUAGUAAAUCUAAUACCGCCUUUACAUGGUCUUAAAAAGUCAAAGAACGUAUUAACAGUUAGAACAAUAAAUUACAAGAAAUCAGAAUUUUUCCCUUUUAUUUAGUGGCAAAUAAAGCAGGAAGCGCCAUUAAGAACGCAAUGUUCCAUAGUUGUUGGUUAUCAUUUGAACACCGAUACAGCUCACAGUGUCUUGGAAAAAGGACCUAACGCUGACAACCCCGAGGUAAAACUACUGUUAGAAGAGCUAUACUACUUAAAGGAUUAGUGUCAGGGUCAUGCAUUGCGGGCUUUUGUUAUUGUUUACAUUUUACUCAAAUACAACAAAUAGCGAUAAAAAUACCUUGUUUGGUACAUUUCUGAUAAAAAUCACACAAAAAGAGCAAGGAUUAUAAAAGGAUGGUUUAAAUAUAUGAUGGAUUGUAAAAUUUUCCAGAUCAUCUAAUCUAUUCGUCCCGAAAAAUGGCCGCCAGCAGGAGUUUGAGCCCACGAAUUCCUGGUGUGACACUAAUCCUUUAAGUGUUAUCAGAUAUAGUUUGUUAAAAUCUGUAUACGAGUAUUACCUAUUUUGCUAUCAUAUAAGUCCCAGCAAAGCGAUUUAAUUUUAUAGGCAAAAACAUUUCGUGAGUUUUGGGGCGAGAAAUCAGAACUGCGGAGAUUUCAAGAUGGUUCCAUUUCUGAAGCGGUUGUAUGGGAUUGUGCAAAUGCUUGUGAGAAACGAAAAAUAUGCCAAAAGAUCAUAAAAUACAUUCUUCACAGGUAAGGAGGUAGAAAAUAUCAAUAUGUCUGGUAAAAAUAUGAAUAUUUAUAGUAAAAAAAAAUAUAUGAAUAUUUAUGGUAAAAAUAUGAAUAUUUAUAGUAAAAAUAUGAAUAUUUCUGGUAAGAAAAUCAAUAUUUCUGGUAAGAAUACAAAUAUUUGAAUUUUGUCAUUUGUUUAGACAUGGCUGUAUAGAUUCUUCAAAAGUUCUUUUCUCCUCGGAAGGCUUGGAUUCUUUAUUAAAACAGAAUGUCAAAUUAACUUCGUCGAACAAGAAGAACGACCAGCAUUUUGAACACGGCACUGGCGAGGAAGCGAACCAAGCCGUAAUACGAAGUUAUGAAUCCUUGGUUAAAUUGUUACGCAACUUAGAUUUGCCUCUUUCUCUUCAUUCCGUCCAAGGCUUGUCGCCUGUGUUACGUGGGACUGAAGUAAGUCCCGCCGUAUUCACGUUAAUAUAAUAAGCUAAAUUCAUUGGUAGAGAGCUAUGAUCUAUUAGAGGACACGCGCGCAUUUUAGUGACGCAGCAUUUUUAAGUAAAUCCCAGCUCUUUCAAAGGUUGAUAGAUUACGUGAAUGGUGGCAUGUUUUGUUUUGUGUUGACUUUAUGUUUCCCAACUUCAUUCACAAAAAAUGAAUUGCUAUAGUAAUUUUACUCUUUUAGUUACUGUGGUUAUUAUUUUAUUCACGUUUUUGAAUCCAAAAUAUAAUGGGAUAUUUAACAGUGUAUUGAAUCUGUAGAAUUUAUAGUACUAAGUAUAUAAAGUAUGCACGUGUUUGUUUUCAUUAGGUUUUUCCAGCAGUACCCUUGAGUGUUAGUGACGAUGUUGAGCAUGAUAAUCAGAAGAGGACAGCUGUACCAGCAUCUACAGAAAAAUGUCCACCGUGGUGUCCAGCCAAUGAAGGUAAACAUAUACGCGUGGCAGAAAUCUAUAUUUUCCCCCGUUUCCCCAAUUACUGUAGAUCCUGAGAUUUUCCAACUGGCAUGUACAAUAGAAUGCAUAGAAAAACGUUUUACUUAAAUAGUUGUAAAUUGUAUGGCAUUAUGCAGUGUAACACCUGAUAGCUUUCCCAUGCGUUGUUUUUAAUGACAAGACAGGAUACAUAUACGGAGCAGUCUGUCAUAUGUAGAAAAGUUGAAAUUAACGUAGGUGCAGGAAGGACAGGAAGCGAACAAAACCUACGACAUAAACAGUAAAAUUUUCUUCAAUGCUGCCAACCAUAUUUUUCCCAAGCGGAAUACCAAGAUCAUGUUUACUGUUUCGUCAGGCAUGUUGCUACAUGCGGAAUAGCGUAAAUUUCCCCCUUAUUAGAUAAUUGAUCAUUUAUUUAUUGAUACAAUUUUAGUCUUGAUUCAGCUUGAAACGAGUGGUCAAUGGCCAGAUGAUCUUGAAGCCAUUCAGAGAAUCAAAGCCGCAUUUCUUCUCAAUAUUGCUAAUAUUUUAAAGAAAGAACAUCGCCUUCCUGCUGUAGCAAACACAAAACAUGUCGAUGUCUUCAAGGUUAGUACAUUUAUGAAGCUAUAUACUAAAUUCAAGUUUUAUUGAAUUUUUGGUAAUUGGAAGAAUUUUAUCCAUUUGCCAGUUUUCGCUACAAUUCGAUAAAUUCGACAGAAAUACUAUUCCAGCCGACUUGAGUUUAAAAUAUAUUAUGAUUUGAGUUUAAUAAUAAUGCUCUUCUAUAUGAACUUACAGGUUUCAAGAAACGCCAUUGCAUGGUUUCAAAAUAAAUAUAUAAUAAAGCUUGUAACAAACCAGCAAAUUCGUUUUGCACAUUGUUCAAAAUGACCUUCGAUAUCAAAGUCUUCUGUAUCAUUUGUGCGUAUAGGAUGGCUAUGUUUUUCGUGUCAAAUUGGCUCAUUAUCGAGAAAUGGUAUUAUUGAACAACUGUGAAAAAACUGGACCAACAGGGCCGAUUCUGGAAAAUACCGGAGAAGAAUUGGAGAGAUUAUUGGUGCACUUACCUCUUUUGUCUAGUGUUAUUCAUGGGUAGGUUCACUACAGUUGCUACAUUUUGUCGGUCCUAGGUGGAGAACACAGACACCCAGAGGCAGACUGAUAUGUCGGUCCAUCGGACGCGGACCGAGAGAACUUUGUGGGCCGGAAUUACUGAAAGGAGAGCAAUAUACCCUGAGCCAUAUAUGAUUAGGUUUUUUAAUUAAUAAUUGGUGUUCCACUGAACUAUUUUAAUGCAUUAAUGGCCUUUAUCAUUCAGAAUUCAGCAGCAAUAUGUGUCAUUUGGUGGCAGUGUUCGGCUGGCAAAGCGAUGGAUUUCUUCACAUAUGUUGUUGGCGUGCUUUCCUGAAGAAUGUAUCGAAUUAAUUAUGGCUCAUAUAUAUCUCCAUCCGCAUCCAUACAAUACUCCUGCGUAAGUAUCGCAAAUAUCGUAAGUCCUCUACUGAGCAUCCCUCUCUAAUAAAUCCCCGCCCCUCUCUAACAAAGCUCGCUUACUUACCCCCCUCCUGUUUUUGUCACUUUAGAUCACCUACUAAUGGAUUUAUAAGAUUUCUUUACCUCUUGUCAACAUUUGAUUGGAAAAGUAAUGCAAUGAUUCUUAACUUCAACGAUAAAUUAAAAGGUGAAGUAUUAUUUUUUUUCAAGAAGCGCCCUUAGUAAGCCUUCGAUUCGAUCAGGUUGAGCUGUGUCCUUCACAAUUCAGCUUAGCUCUCAGCUGCAAGAAAGGAUGAUUAUAGUACCUGCUUAUUUACAAGGAUAAGAAACUGCUGUAUUUAAGUUGUGAUAUGGAAAUUGACCACCCGAGUCUUUAUCUUAUCUUUAUCUUUACCUAUUCAUACUUUGAUAUCAAUUUUAGUUGCCGACUUUCAAGAGAUACAGUCACAUUUUACUAACAACAGAGCGAGAUUGCCGGCCAUGUUUAUUGCUACUUCCGAAGAUAAGCAUUUAUCAUACUGGACCAGAGACAACCCUUCAUCAUUGGUGGGUGUAAACAUUAGUGACAUAUUUCUACUGUGUUUGGGUGAUGUGUACAGUGGACAGAUGGCUUGCUGUAAAAUUUAAUAGUCCAUUAAGCAUCAAUCAGAACACUUUUGAAUUCAAUGAAACUAUUUACGAAGUGUUAGGUGUUUAAAUUAGCUUAACUAUUAAGCAAAUGGCUUUGCCUGUGUAACAUUGAAAUAUAUAUGUUAAGAUAUAGUUACCCGUCCACUUCUUCUAAUGAGUUUCAGAACGUUUUAAACACUAGUUAAGGAGACUUGAGACGGCCACAAUGGUGUGAGGUCACAUAACAUGUUACAGUUACUGUACGUUAAGAUUUUCAUAAUUUGUUUCAGAUUCUACAUCGUGUUGCCGUGCUGGCCAAAGAGUCGUAUACGGUCCUUCAAAAUCAACUGCUGCAUUCUGGAAGCGACGAUGAUGACUUGAAGGUAUGAAUUUGGUAAUUUUUAUGUAAUUUAUACAAAACAAUGGCUUCAAAUUCUAACUAAAACUGUUUGAAAUUAUCUUGUUGUUUAACACAAUGGUGAAAAUUUCUUUGAUGGAAAUACCCUGUUAGGUAAUCUCACAAUUUUUUUUAGAACUGUCACCUAAAAAUAUGUUAUAUCUAUAAUUCUACCAUUUCCUCCGAACAGCAUCAACUUAUCUUUCCUCAAUAUCCCUGGAGGAAUUUUGAAUUUGAAUUGUUGGAUUUGUUAUUGUAGUUGAUAUUUCGCCCAUCUUUGGAAGACUACGAUGUGACCAUCUUACUUCAUGAAAGAUUCAAUCCCAGACGUCAUCAAGCGAUUGACUCAACAAAGCAUUGUAGCUAUCAACUGAAACCUUCAUCAACCAUCUCUUUACCUGUCAUCAAUUUCGACCCUUCUCGGUGUUAUUUUGAUGAGUUGAAGGUAAGAAUGAAUGUGGAUUACCUUAAUACUUAUAUUUCGUAUUUUUUGGUUGUUUUUGAUGAUCACAAACGUGGUGUCCAGUUUAAUAUAACAUUACUGGAUUUUUUGAAGGUACUUAAAUUAUGGUUGUUAUUAUGGAAAUUGACCGGUAAAGAAAAACUGAUAUACACUGUCUUUUUAUCAUCUACAUUUUAUCAAACUUCAUAUUUUCCAGCAAACCUUCUCUGACGUUGCGAUGUUCUUUCGUGAUGUUUAUGGUGGGGACAAGAUUGGUGUCGUUUGGAAGCCAGAAUGUUUUCAGGCGUCGCAGUUCAAGGUUUGCUAUUUUACUUCUCUUUUGUCAACGUUUUACGGCGAAUGUUUCGAUCAAGAAUUUGAGUUAGAUGAAACAAACACUUUUAUUUCUAGGUUUUUGGCAGUCAAUAUCGCAUUCCCACAGAAAUUACGGACAAGGUAUGGCACUCCUGUUAUGAUACUCCUGUUACCAACUGAUGGAAUUUUAAUCCGGGGUAGCACUAAUCGUGCUGUGAUCAAUUUGCCCUAAAAAUCGUUUCUGACUUCAAAACUGGCUCACUGCAAGGACGAAAUCCAUCCCACUGCCCCAGGAUUUACGUCCUGCGCUCACUGAAUUUAAAAUCCAUAUCCAUCUGAAUUCUAGUUUUCAUGCGCCAUGGUGUGCAUGGGGCACAUGGAAACACCACCUGAAAAUAGUUUUGUAUUAUUUUUCAGAAUAAUGGAGUUGAAAAUACCGUUGUUCCCAAUAUUCAAGCCAUACUGUCAGAUUUCAAAACAAUUGGUCAAGGACUUGUGAAGAAUGUGGAAGUCAGAAAUCCUCCAGUGUGA